CCGCCCUCCAGCCGCAGAUUCAAGGUUAAGGGCUUGGAUCUGUAAGUUGUUAAAUACAUAUCUACCUAUCACGCAGCUUGUUUUUGUUUGCCGCAGUUGCUUCAUCUGUGCCAAACAGCCGCGCACCCUCUUUUUUGUGCUGGUGCUUGUCUUAUUCAUCAUUGCUGUGCCCUUCGAGUAGAUCACUUAAAUAGUGAGGCUGCCUGCCCGUUUCAGCUUUGUGCUGCUGCGCUGCGUUUCGAGCUUCUUAUCUGCCCCUCCUUUGACCCGCUUCCCCAACUUCAGCCCAGGACCAGGCAGGACGCCAACCCAUCGCCAGACACUAGGAUCGAGAGACACCCAAGGACUUCCGCCAUGUCUGAUCUCCAAGGCCGCAAGAUCUUCAAGGUCUUCAACCAAGACUUCAUCGUCGACGAGCGAUAUACCGUGACCAAGGAGCUUGGACAGGGAGCUUAUGGCAUUGUCUGUGCCGCCGUCAAUAACCAUACCAACGAAGGUGUCGCCAUCAAGAAGGUCACCAAUGUCUUUAGCAAGAAGAUCCUGGCCAAGCGUGCCUUGCGCGAGAUCAAGCUGCUGCAACACUUCAGGGGACACCGCAACAUAACCUGCCUGUACGACAUGGAUAUUCCUAGGCCGGACAACUUCAACGAGACAUAUCUUUACGAAGAGCUGAUGGAAUGCGAUCUCGCGGCCAUCAUUCGGUCCGGCCAGCCCCUCACCGAUGCCCAUUUCCAGUCCUUCAUCUACCAGAUCCUCUGCGGUCUCAAGUACAUCCACUCGGCGAAUGUGCUGCACCGCGAUCUCAAGCCCGGCAACCUCCUGGUCAACGCCGAUUGUGAGCUGAAGAUUGCCGAUUUCGGCCUCGCGCGGGGCUUCUCGAUCGAUCCCGAGGAAAAUGCAGGGUACAUGACCGAGUACGUCGCGACGAGGUGGUACCGCGCGCCCGAAAUCAUGCUCAGCUUCCAGAACUACACGAAAGCGAUCGACGUCUGGUCCGUGGGCUGCAUUCUUGCCGAGCUACUCGGCGGGCGCCCAUUCUUCAAGGGCCGCGACUACGUCGACCAGCUGAACCAGAUCCUGCACAUCCUGGGCACGCCCAACGAGGAGACGUUGUCCCGCAUCGGCUCGCCUAGAGCGCAGGAGUACGUGCGGAACCUGCCUUUCAUGGCCAAGAAGUCCUUCCCGUCGCUCUUCCCCAACGCCAACCCGGACGCGCUCGACCUGCUCGACCGCAUGCUGGCAUUUGACCCCUCGCGGCGCAUCAGCGUCGAGGCCGCCCUCGAGCACCCGUACCUGGCCAUCUGGCACGACGCCAGCGACGAGCCCGACUGCCCGACCACCUUCAACUUUGAGUUUGAGGUGGUCGAGGACAUUGACGAGAUGCGCAAGAUGAUCCUCGACGAGGUCUUCCGCUUCCGCCAGCUCGUCCGCACCCAACCUGGCCAAAACCCCGGCCAAUUCGGCGCCCCCGCCCCCGCCGCCCCCGUCCCCGUUCCCGCCGCCAACAACCCACACCAGUGGACCGCCGAGGACCCCCGCCCAGAGGAAUACGGCCACCAGAUGCAGGGCUUGGAGGCCGAGCUCGGAGGCAGAUAAGGAAUCGCCCCUGAGGAGGAGGUUGCGGGUAGCCGAGGAGGGGGAGCGCUGAGGUUGGCUGGGAAGGGAGAGGGAUUGGAGCUCAGGCUGGGCAUCACCCGCAAGCGGAGAAGGUGGCUGCGCUUGGAGAGGGCGUGGAACGAGUCGAAAUGGCGGGUUUACGCCCAGCUUUGUAGAGCCUUCUCGCGCUGGAAGGGUGAUUGUGAGGAGAAACCUGGUUACGGUGGUGAUGGUAGUGGCGAGGGCAACGGCGGCGGUGCGGGGCUAGGUGGGUAUGCGGAUGAG